GAUGGGUCGCAUCGGGGUUUGGAGUUUAGGUCUCUACCAAAUGGUGCGUUACAGUACAGUUCCAUUUGGGAUUGGGCCAAGUCCUCUGCCAGCCUUCUUGUCCCCCUGCCGACCACAAUCCUGCCAGCCUUAUUGAAGUGAGCAAAUAUAGUCUAGUUCUUAGUCUUUAUAUCUCCCUCUCCCUCUCUCCCUUGUUUCCAAAAUGGAUCGUCAACUUCUUCUUGAAGCAACAGGAACGCUUCUAGCCUUCCUUGUACUCUAUUGCCUGUGGAAGUCGAAAGCCAGUAAGGGUAUUAAUGCGCCGGAGCCAAAAGGUGCGUGGCCAAUUAUUGGCCACCUCCAUCUUCUAGGUGGAAAAACUCCGGUUUUCCGGACUCUCGCAGCCAUGGCCGUCAAACAUGGGCCCAUUUUCACAAUCCAAAUUGGUAUGCGGCGGGCCCUAGUGGUGAGCGGCAAGGAAACUAUCAUGGAAUGCUUCACCACCAAUGACUGUGCUUUUGUUUCUCGCCCAAAGUCUGCCGCCGUGAAAUACAUGGGGUAUGAUGGUGCCAUGUCAGCGCUCGGUCCUCAUGGUCCCUACUGGCGCGAGCUUCGUAAGGUGAUGACUCUUGAGUUCUUAUCGAACCGUCACCUGGAGCUUAUGAAGCACAUGCGGGCCUCGGAGGUGGGCUUGUGUAUCAAUGACUUGUACUCACUGUGCGUCAAACAAUUGAAUGGUAUUUCUGAAGGAGGAGAUAACUGUCAUAAACCUGGUGCUACAGAGGUAGACAUGACUCAUUGGUUUCAGAUAGUAACUAUGAACCUAAUGCUCCGGGCAAUUGCAGGCAAGGACAUAACUAUGUUACAAGACCCGCAGUUUUUUUUCAAUUUAUUUUGGAACUUCUGUUGAUAGCAUGCUAUUUUU